AUGUUCUCAAUGGGAUUCGUGUCUGGAGAAUUGUUAGGCCUAUUGAGCACCUUAAUACCUUCCCAUAUUUUCAAUUGUGUGAAACAAAGCAUCAUUUUGUUGAUCACUAGAAUGAAUUUACCUGACAAAUGUCCAUUUCUUCAAUCCAAUGUACUUAAAAGUGUCGAUUCUGAUGUUAAUGAACUCCAAGAAGGGUCCACCUGA